GACGGGCUGAGAGUCAGCCACUUAGUCCUAAGGGAUCUUAGUCUCUCAGCUUUGCUUCAGGUUUUUGGCUUCCCUCUCCCAGCCUGAAAUGGGAGCUCUUUUGUUUGUUUUUUUUGAAUGAGGAAUGAAUUUCUUGGGUGCUUUCCUGAAAGGAGAGCUGACAGUUCCCCCACAGAAGUGGAACGUCACAUUAAACCAUCCUGCUGGAUGCCUCGGGUGUCUUUCAAACCCAGAACCGGACUUGGGGAGAGAAACAAUAAAAAUGUUGGGUGCUUCCCAGGAAUGAGAAGCUGGCAAUUCUCCCUGGAGCCACCCCUUUUGCACUGUAAGUGCACAGACACUUUCAGUGAUGAUGCACGAUGAUGAUGGUGAUGGUGGUGAUGGUGGUCGUGAUGAUGACGAUGCCACCUUCCACUUACUUGGAGCAGCAUUUCUCAACCCUGGCUGCACACUAGAACCUCCUCAGGCAUUUUUUUAAAAACACCUUAUCGGAACCCCACCCCAAAGCAAUGAUUUUAGAACUGUAAUGGUGAGGCUGGCUCCGGCAUUGGUGUUUUCAAAAAGCUCCUCAGAAUAUUCUAAUGUGCAGCCAGGGUUGAGAGCCGCUGGUGUGCUUUUAUAGCCUGUGACUACAAGUAGCUACUUACUUAAUCCUCAUGAUAGUGCAGUGAGUUUGGUGUUACUACUCCCCUUUCCAGAUGGGGAAACUGGGUCCUCAGUGAUUCACCAAGGCCUCAAAUCCAGGCCUCCUGACUCAGACUACUCCCCAUUCUCCCUCCCAAUCCAGCAGCCCAAGAGAAACACAGCUGCCUGGGCUUUAGUGCUUCUGCACACACUCAGCCGCUCACGUGUUCUCACUGCCCUGCCUCCUCACAGCCAGCCCUGGUUGUCUGUUUUUCCUCCUUGAAGAUCAUUUCCCACUUGUAUCCUUCCAUGUUCACUGCACCCUGCCCUCCUUCACACACACACAUACCCAGAUACACCUGUUACUUUUCAGUGAGCUCCGGAUAAAAAGUCCAGUUGUCUUUGCCUUGGGAGGUGACUCAGAAUCCAUUCAUUGCACUGGGCAGCUCUCCUCACGGACUCCCAGAAUCCAUUGUGCUGGUAACUUCACAGAAUCCCAGAAUCCACUGCACUGGGCAGCUCUCCUCACGGACUCCCAGAAUCCAUUGCGCUGGUAACUUCACGGAAUCCCAGAAUCCACUGCGCUGGGCAGCUCUCCCUACGGACUCCCAGAAUCCAUUGCGCUGAAAUUCCGGGUAGAUAUGCCUGGCUCAGGCAGCGCCUUCAUUCCCACCAUCAACGCCAUCACGACCAGCCAGGACCUGCAGUGGAUGGUGCAGCCCACGGUGAUCACCUCCAUGUCCAACCCGUACCCCCGUUCGCACCCCUAUAGCCCGCUGCCGGGCCUGGCCUCUGUCCCCGGGCACAUGGCCCUCCCAAGACCCGGCGUGAUCAAGACCAUUGGCACCACUGUGGGCCGCAGGAGGAGAGAUGAGCAGCUGUCCCCUGAAGAGGAGGAGAAGCGUCGAAUCCGGAGGGAGAGGAACAAGCUGGCCGCGGCCAAGUGCCGGAACCGCCGCCGGGAGCUGACGGAGAAGCUGCAGGCGGAGACGGAGGAGCUGGAGGAGGAGAAGUCGGGCCUGCAGAAGGAGAUCGCCGAGCUGCAGAAGGAGAAGGAGAAGCUGGAGUUCAUGCUGGUGGCCCACGGGCCUGUAUGCAAGAUCAGCCCCGAGGAGCGCCGGUCACCCCCGGCCUCCGGGCUGCAGGCCCUGCGCAGUGGGGGCAGUGGAGGGGUAGGCGCCGUGGUGGUGAAGCAGGAGCCCCUGGAAGAGGACAGCCCCUCGUCCUCGUCGGCGGGGCUGGACAAGGCCCAGCGCUCCGUGAUCAAGCCCAUCAGCAUCGCUGGGGGCUUCUAUGGGGAGGAGCCCCUGCACACCCCCAUAGUGGUGACCUCCACUCCUGCCAUCACUCCAGGCACCUCGAACCUCGUCUUCACCUACCCCAGCGUCCUGGAGCAGGAGUCACCUGCGUCGCCCUCUGAGUCCUGCUCCAAGGCUCACCGCAGAAGCAGUAGCAGUGGGGACCAGUCAUCAGACUCCUUGAACUCCCCGACUCUGCUGGCUCUGUAACCCAGCUCCCAGGGGGGUCCUCGUCACUGCCUCCUUCCCAGGGACCAGCACCUUUCAGCACUCCAGGGCCAUGAGGGUAAGAAGGGGACCCUGCCAGAGAGCUUCCUGGUUCUGGGGAGACCCAGGUGAGAUUUGGCAGUGAGGCGUUGGAGGACUUGGAUGAUCUCUUGGAAGUCACGGGACCUCCUCCCUCGUUCAUCUUGCAAAGCAAAUCCUGUUUCUUGAAAAACGUUGGAGAACCUGGUUUGGUGGACCC